AUGUCGAGGUUGUCGAGUGUAUCUACCUGCAACAUGUGUGAAGGCCCCACUAAUAUCUGCACAGCACCCUCUCUUGAGCUCAACAACAUCAGCAACCACGAUGACCUCAUGCACAUUCUGUAUGGCUGGUCCAGAGUCGAGCUCAGCAUUCAGUUCAGUGACGGAUUUUACGAUGUUUUCGUCGAGAGAGCGUUGCAAGAUGAUUCAGUCACCACGUUUGGCGGGGAGCUCAAAUACCUCAUGAUCGUCCCGUGUCUUGCUUCACCGAACAUGUUGCGUAGACUUCUGGAGAAGGAGGAUGUUUACCUGACGGAUCUGAGUGUCGGGCCACUGACGCAUCCGAUGAAUUCAGACGAAGAGGAGGUGAUGAAAGAGGUGGCUGAGUCGUUUAUGUGGUGUUGA